ACAAAUUGACUUUCAAGUUGCUCACUAGUCAAUUAGAGUUCUUGUAAAGACGACGGGCUAUGUAAAAAUAGCGAAUUUAAGAUGGUGUCUGGAGCGAGAAUUGGAGUGAUGUUCCUCAUCUUAUCGAUUUAUGUCGGCCUGAUAUUCCCAUCUGAGUUUGAUAUCCCUUUGGGACCGAACAUAUGCUCCUCCAAACUGUUUAUACAGAAUUUACUGUCCAUAAUAGUACCCCGAAAUUAUAACAUUUUCUGGAUAAUGAAAGACUCGGCUUUUCAAGGGGAAGUUAAUAUAACAUUCAAAUUAACUGAAAAAACGCAUAUGUUAGCUGUUCCCUUUAACGAGGUGAAAAUAAAAUCCAGUUGGCUAGUGCUUUCUACACAUGAACAAGAUUUCGCUGAAGUAGACCAGCCGAAAGAUAUUUAUUUUUGUAAUGAGUCACGUGUCAUAAUAAUGAUAUUUGAAGAGAUUGUGUGUCCCGGAUAUUAUAACCUAACUACGAUAUACAACAGCACCAUGCGCGAAAUAAAAGGAUUCCUCCGGAUCAAAGAGGAAAACGAAGAAGAGAAUGUAACCUGGUCGUACAUAACGAUGUUAGAACCGGACGGCGCGAAAUAUGUGUUUCCCUGUUGGGAUGAGCCAAACUUCAAAGUGAUACUUUAUAUCGUCAUCGAGCAUUUGGGUACCUACCAUGUCCUCUCUAAUCUUCAGCUAGAAGGAAGAUCUCCGGUAAUAAACAUGACAAGAGAGACAGCUUUCCUACCUACACCACCGAUAUAUGUUAACCAACUGAAAAUCGCUGUCCUUAAUAUUAAUAAGUCAUCUUUAUCAGAGCAUAACAUAUGGUUCGUACAAGAAAAUACUAUUAAGACGCAGGCAUUCACGAAGAUCAUCACGGACGUGAUCGAUGAAUUCUUAAAGCAAUACACGAUGAAACGCUUGGAACAUUCGAUAAUUGUGAUUUUCUCGGAUCUUCCGAGGAACGUAAUGGCCUGGCCAUUCGUAUUUUUAAGAGAGAGUGAUCUCAUCUACAAAAAUGAUACACAUUUUCCUGGCCGUGUACUUGAGAUACAGAAGACAAUAGCGUACAGCAAAGCGGAACAAUAUGUCCAAAAUUUCAACAAUCAAAAUAAUUGGGAUCAUAUGUGGUUCAACAAAGCACUUACGUUAUAUCUCAGUUACAUUACUCUCGAUGAGUAUUUUAACGCGAGGAUGAUGGAACUUUUUGUAGUGCAAGUUCAACUGCUUGCUAUGCAUAACGAUAUUGUUGUGGAUAUGCCACCUAUCACAGACCUAUCACAUGACCCAAUUUAUUCCAUUCUCGUUUACAAGAAAGCAUCUGUUUUAUUAAGAAUGUUAGAACAUAUCGUUACAAAAGAGAUAUUCCAAAAGGCCAUUGUCGAAUAUUUAAAUAGAUGUUCGAAUUGCACACCAUACAAUUUCUUUGAUAUUGUGAAUACACUCAAAGAAACAACUGUUGCAAUACAGAAAAAUAUCACAGAAGAAAAUAAAUCACUAGAAACACAAAAAGAUGAAAGGGCAGAUGCAUUCGAAGAUGCCAGACAUAAUAUGAUAACAGACAUUAUGUCCAUCUGGCUGUCGCGAGAAUAUUAUCCUAUAUUAAAAGUUGAACAAAAUAUUGAUAACAAAACGUACGUCACAUAUAAUGAGCUAAAACAACGUGGUGAUACUGACGAUACAAUCAAAUGGCCAGUUCCGGUGACUUAUGCUACAAAGAAAGAUCCUCAAUUCAGCCAAUAUGCUCUUAUACACUGGCUGAAUAAUAAUUACACAGAAUGGAAUUCUGAUCUAGUGUUAACAUUGGACAAUGAACAAAACUGGGUUAUAUUAAAUGUACAAUAUUUUGGUUACUACCGUGUUCGUUACAAUAAUACAAAUUGGUUGAAAAUUAUACAUUUCUUGAAAGAAGACAACGGAAAGACUAUUCCUAGUUUGAAUCGUGCUCAACUCAUCGACGACGCGUAUCAUUUUGUAAUGAUGGAUAUGAUGGAUUACGAUAUUUUUUAUGAAUUAAUUAACUUUUUGAAAAACGAAACUGAUUUUAUAGUAUGGCACUCUAUGAUGAACGUGUUACAUUAUAUGUCGCCUUCCUUUAAAUUCCCAGAAACUGAAGACUUCAAGAACUUCAUAAUGGACAUCAUGAAUAGCGUAUUGACGCAGAUAGGAUAUGAUGAGGAACCUACUGAUGAUAAUAUGUUAAAAAGUACGCGAUUGUUACUCCUCAAUUGGAUGUGUAACCACGGCAAUGACAAAUGCAGACAGUCGGCCAGCGAUAAAUUAAGAGCAUACUUUAAAGAUGCUAAAGAGUCACCAAUUUUACCGGGCUGGAAGAACUGGGUAUAUUGCGCUGGUCUUAUGAAACCGAAUGAGGAGUUGCGCACGCUGGCGAUGAAUGAAAUUUUGCACGAGACUGAUAAAAAUAUGAUCCAUUACUUGACUUGUUAUGACGAUGAUGACUCGAUAAAGAAGUUGUUGACUUGGGUUGUGCUUAAGCCUCGGGAUAACAUUUUUCCAAUGGCGACGCCAUUGAACGAUAUACAAGAAAAGUACUUAUAUCGUAUCAUUGUGAAGAAGCACGCAAGAAAAUCUGGGGUAUUAGAUUUUAUCUUGAAAAAUAUAAUUCAUCUAUUGCCAGGUAAUAUGACCUUUCUCGAAAAAUUAGGCCACGUUAUCAUGAGCGUGCAUUCUAAGUGCCAAUUACAAAAGAUUGCAGAAUACAUAGACUAUAAUAUCAACUUGGAUAAAUGGAUAUAUGAAGCUAAACGUAUAUUAACAAGACGAAUAUUACAAAUAUCUGAGGAGAAGGAUAUGCUCAUGCGUAAUUCUCCCUACGAAGCAAAAGAGCCGGAAUGCUAAUGAAUUGGAUGAGAACAAUAUGCAUAUUGUAACUUAUAUAAAUAAAAAUGCAGAUUAUAAAGUUUAUGCAGAUUAUAAAGUUGAACCUUAUUUUUGUAUGAUUUUCUUUCGAAUAAGCUCCAUCCGUUAUUUACAUUUUUGUUUAUACUUUGGGCUAUCGUACUUGGGCAAAGUCACGAAAGAUGUAAUUUAAUAGACAAUAUUUAUCUCAACGGUCGUGUGAGACAUUUCCACCUAUUGUCAUUAUUGCCUAUCACACAUGCCUAUUCUCUUCAGCACAUAUAGACUUUCCAGAUUUUCUAAUUGUAUUAGAUAAAAAGGUAUAUAUAUACAAAUUGACUUGCAAGUUAUUCACAAGUCAGUUAGUGCUCUUGUAAAGACGACGAGUCAUGAAAAAAUAGCGAAUAUAUAAUGAUGUCUAGAACGAGAAUUGGAGUGGUAUUCCUCACCUUAUUGAUCUACACCGGUCUGAUAUUGCCGUCUGAGUUUGAUACUCCCAAGAAAACAAGCAAGUGCUACAUCAUGUCGUUUACACGGUAUUUGCUGUCUAUAGUAGUACCCCAAUAUUAUAAUGUUUCGUGGAAAAUAGAGGAAUCGUAUUUUGAGGGAGAAGUCACCAUAUCAUUCGAAUUACUUGAAAAAACGGAAAUAAUAGCUUUCUAUGUUAGCUACUUGGAAAUAGAUCUACAAUCGAUAGUGCUUUCGCAUUAUAAUCCAGACUCCGCUGAAGCAGUGCAGCUUAAAAAUAUUUAUUAUUGUAAAGCGACAAAUAUUAUAACGUUGUUAUUCGAAGAGAUUGGAUGUCCUGGAUAUUAUAACAUAACUAUGAGA